GUCAAAGCACAAUAAAACAUCCAAUGGAGCGGCUCACGUGUAUGUGGUAAACGACAGCGAACUGAGCGGUUAUCCGUUGGUAGAGGCAAUGCCCCCCCCCCCCCCCAAAAAAAAAACAAUGGUAGAGUGAUACAUUUGUUAGUACUCUAUGGUUAUGAGCUAAACCUUGGUAGAGGUUCUACCGGAAGUGAGUUUCUAACUGACGCUAGCGAAUCCAAGGUGUUUAGGGCAUGUCCUCUUUUCAUGCAACGUUCAAAAUAAGUCAUGAAAAUUAACCGUUUCACUCGCCUUUUAAUAAGACUUUCGAGCAUGUUUUGGAAUACGCAUGCGCUUGUAGGGUCGCGGGACAUACCUACUCGUAAAAGGAGACAAUUUGGACAUCAGUAGCAUCAGAUAUCUGGAGCUUCCUUCUCGUAAAUGUUCAUGUAUUGUAACCUACCAGAGAUACUCCCAGAAAACCAUUUCAUCAGUUCUCUCGUUCUAAUCAGUGUGCGAUAGAUUGCAUGUGAACCGCUUUAAAUUUAAGCCGUCAGAACAAUGUGAAUACGAACACAUUCGCAAAAUGCAUACCUAUUGAUAGCACCUUUCUGCGGCGAAGUGCCUUAUCUCCACAACCGGUAUAGCUUUCAGCCUUCGUGUCGAGCAGUGGAUAGGCACUUUCCACCAGUCCUCCACUUCUAACAGAAUCGAUCACUGGCAACUUCUGGCCACAGAAAUUUCGCGCCCGCCGUCCAUUGGCCAACUCACCCACGGUAGGCGGAGCCUAUUUCUCCACCCCACAGCCAACAGCGGCCGAGCGGCCGUGGUUCGUCGGCAGCCGUAUGCCCUUGUUGCAUGCGAGUCGGCCUGGCCUGCGUGUGACAGGGUGAUUACUGGCCGACAAGAGGAGGGCCCGGGAAUAUGGAGUCUGUCAGCGGCAGGCCUCUCUGUCGAGAAAUAGCGCCCACCGCCGGCGGCAAGCCACCGUCCGCGAAAAAACCGUCAGCCAUUUGCGCAGCGCCGGCAUCGGGGACCAUCAGAAGCAGGGGCCGGGUGUCACAGACAAGCACUCGAGAGCGGCGGCGGCGGCGGCCGGGCGAGCGCGGUUCAAUUUGUCGGCGCUCCGUCAGCUCGUUUUGACACGACCGCUGUAGGCGCUGGUGACGAUGGCGGGCUACGGGUGCGGGCCCAGUGCCGAGGCGGCGGCCGGCCGCGCAGGAUUCGGGCCCGGCCCCGUGCACCAGAUGCCAGUCAUGCCCACCUACGAGCAAACCGGCGGCAAGGAGCAGCCCUCCUCCUGCGCAUUCUCCCGCUGCCCGACGCUCGGAGUGGCGCCUCUAGGCGUGGAGGACCGGCAGUACGAGUCUCUGGACGACCUAUACUUCCCUGGCAGUCCGUACCGCGUCCAGAGGCACGCGGCCAACAUCAGAGAAAGGAAACGCAUGCUCAGUAACUCGUGUUCCAGCAUCAACUCGGCAUUCGAGGAGCUGCGCGUGCACGUGCCCACAUUUCCGUACGAGAAGCGGCUGAGCAAGAUCGACACUUUGCGGCUGGCGAUCGCGUACAUCGCCCUGCUGAGGGAGGUACUGGAGAGCGACCUGGACCCGGUCACCUACAUCGACCGGUGUCUGAGGGGCGAGAUACGCACCGAGGGCAGUCUCGAGUGGAACACCUCAGAUCUGACGGCUCGCCUUUCCUGGAUCAACUGGGAAAACCUCGGUGUGAACCCCGCCCGCCGCAAUCUGCUCAACUCGUUCUCCGUCAGCCAAGAUCCCAGUGCAGCCGAGCGCAUCUGAGCCGUAAAACUAGCGAAUGAAUACCUACCGUCAACGAUGCAAGACUCGCUAGAUCCGCUCUGCAAAUCACCAGAAACCAAAUCUCUAAUAGGAGUCGGUCAUGACACUGAAUGUGCUUAGGGCCGACCAGGUUUGAUCAAACCAGAUACUAUCAGACUCACAUGGUCGCGGCUUGAUCAUACUGCGCACCGGUCUGAUACUGAAACCACGGAAUAUAGUUUACGACACUGCAGUGUCGUAAACUAUACGACAGUGCACUGUCGUAGACUAUAUUACGUUCUCAGACUCACGUCAGGUCGCAAGUCAGAAAACGUUUGAAUUGUGUAGCUGAAAAUUGCUUGCGCAGCGCGGAGCCAGACGACUUUCUUGUCGUUUCCUAGUCACCCCAUCACCUGACUCUUUACCUACUCUGUGUAACGUACCGCAUGCUCUUUGUCUGUAGCGGUAUAAUGCAAGUCAGAGAAGAGACCCCGAAAGGCUUUGAUCUCGUAAUUGCAUCGUUCGAGCAGCAUCUUAUUUGAGAGUGCGUGCUAAUGUGCCAAAAGUGCAGACGGUUUGUUAAGCCGUAACUGCCUAAAAAGUCAUUUUCACACGAGCUGGAUCUGUAGAGACUCGGGGUGCGUUUAUCCUCUAUCCAUACCAGUUCGGUUAAUACAAAUCUGUGCAAUUUAUGUGCUCCCAGCACUGAAGGCUCUGGCCUAUUUAUUUGUACAUUGUCAGGUGUUCUUGUGGCUGCUUCUGUGUAUUGAUUGAAUAUUGAAGGACUAUUGAAUUGCAGAGAGGAACUUAAGUUUGCAAUAUAGUAGGCGCUGCAGGUUAGUUUUAGUCAUCAUUGUCUAUGUCCGAAUAUUGCACCUGACAUUGCCCGUAUGAUAGACAUUAUGUCGUGUUUGUAUAAGGAUGAUAUCAAUAAAAACAUAUAUGAUCAUUGGUUUC